AUGUCGUCGAACCUCACUAUACUUGAUAUCCCUACUCUUGUAGAAGUGACAAGGGAACUAUACAGCCGAUGCCAGCCCAUCACAAAGGACGCCCCCGAUGGAUUCCAGAGUCUAGUUGAAGAGUUGGGCCUAAUGCAACAUAUUGCUCAAACACUGGAGAAUGACUUCAGCUCUAAAACUCCCUUUCUUGAGAAAAUGGGCGAAGGUCGCAAAGUAGUUCUGGAACGAUGUCUCAAUGCAUGUUUUCAAGCUCUGGAGCAAUUCAAGGUUCUCUUGCAGCGGUAUCAAGAGGCUGGUAUCGGUGAGGGAAAGCAAUUCUGGCAGAAAAUCAAGUGGAGCACACAGCAGACACAUGUUGAAGACCUGAGGUCUAAGAUUUUGGUUCAUUCAUGUAAUCUUAGUUUUUUUACAGGCUCUAUCAGAAAUGUCCUCUUGCAACGAAGCAUGAAAGAGUCAAAUCAGAUGGACAAGUCUCUGCACGACUCAUUCUCGUUCUCUAGCGCAGAUUUAGAUAUCGCAAAUUUGCCACAGAGCGAAAAAGAUGAGAGUUCCAGUGAGCAUGAACAGCCGGUUCAAGUGCCUCGACGACUUAGGCCUCGAAUAUCUCCCAGGAUUCUAAGAGAUGGGCCGAAUCUAGUACGGAUAUCCACCUCAUCGAAUUCGAUCGCUUCGCUGAGGUCAAGAGGAACCAGUUAUGCUAGAAUAACACCUACUUUGCCGCUGUCCUUUAAUUCCAACUAUUCCCUUUCUGAGACGGUGAAUGGGAGAAUCGGCGGGGCUCAACAUAGAAGUGAUCAGAUUAUUUACGAAGAUUCAGUGUACAGUCACGAAAUUGAGGAGAUCUACUGGGAAGCCGAUUCUGAUAAAAAAGGCUUACAUGAGAAAAGUGAGGUAUCAAGCCUAGAUCUGGGAUAUGAUGAUGUUAUGGAGGCAGUCGACCGAGUAAUGCACGGGCUGAAUCAAAUACGAUUAGAAGAAAAACUCACUCAGCCGAUCCGGUAUGUGCCACAAAGCAAACUACACAGGCCGGACUUUGAGACUAUCAAGGCUUUUGAGGCUUCAAUAAUUGGGGGGCCUCAAGUUCGAACAAUAAUCAUGAGAGACUGGCUUGUUGUUGCCAUAUGGUGGCUAUUAAAAGCAAAGAAUACACUCGCCAACUGCAGUAGACAUAACUAUGUCAAUGCCAGAGGUAGUAUGAGUCCAACUACAGACCUCAGGAGUGACUCCCAGCAAGCCUACGUAAAUUUGUUGAAAGCCUCAUACAUUCUUUACAACAUUGUCCUUCAGGAUGAGAGCUCACCUGCUUUGCUAUCAGAUGAGAAUCGAAAGUCCAUUGCUGAAAUUUCUGAGGGUAUUAAUGAGGAGCUUUCUCAAUUUACAUCCAUAGACAUCCCUGAUCCGUCGAUGCUACUUUCGCAGAAUCUUGAAAUCUGGGAACCUCUUCAAUAUGAAGAGACUCCCAAUAUAACAGACCUUUCCUUCGGUACUGAAAAUACACGUUGGAUAGCUGUCAAUCAGGAUGAUGCCGGCAAUGAGGAAGAAAAAUUCCUAUACCGCACAUUUGUAAAUGCGGGAAUAGGUAGCAAGAAGUUUCGCAUGCGCACCAAGCGCGCGCCUUACAUGCUCUUGCUCACUGCAAAGGAAGUUGAAAGUGAACCAAAGAUUGUUCUGUGCAAUCAGAGUGGGUCUUUGUGUCUUCAACGUGACUUUGUACCUGAAGACUUACCACAGAUGGUUGAGAUUUCCAAUGCUGCUCUGGCUAGGUUUCCAGGAACUCAGAUCUCGGAACCCUUAUAUUUCAAGUUUAACAAUACCAGCGUCACUAUAUAUUUCCAGUUUGAAGCGCACCUUACCAAUUUCAUCGCAAUGCCAAAUUCUUACUUCAAUGCCGUAAAACUACGGCAACCACUUCACUCGAAAGAAUUCACCGAGAGUGUCAUCUUUAAGAAUUAUGUGGAAACGCUAGAGCAACCGAAGAUGCCGAAUUUGAUUCCCAUAAACUUACCAGCAGUAUCAAAGUCAUGUGAAGUUCGCAUCCUGGAGAGAUCCUUCAGUGAGGCCUGGCGCUGCAUGAGAAGAAUGGUUAUCAGUCUAUCUGUAGCAGAGAAGGCCUCACGCUGCAUUGAGCUCUUCCUUCCACUUAGUCGAGUUCGGGUUUACCACGAAGACGAAUCUAACCAGGUACUUCUCAAAUGGUCGGACACCUGUCAGGAGCGAUUUGACAAAACAGACGGUAACUAUAACAUGCUGCACUCCUAUGUAUACGACGACAGUAUGCCAAAUCUCGGCAUAAGUCUGCGCUUUCGCACACCACAAGCAGCUGUGGAGUUGAAGAACGCCAUUCUUGAGAUGAACUUCAAGACAUGCUUUGCAUGGUCACAGCCUAGUAGUUCAGGUUGUAUCUACGACGUGGUAGAUACGAACAUGGAGCAAAAACAGUGCAAAGCUUUAGUCUUGUUUCAAAAUAACGAUUCAUGGCAAUAUUCCGACGUCUAUUAUCUCUAUCGUGAUGCAGACUUUGUCUACAAUCAGCCACUCAAAAUCCAGUUUCCUAGAGCCUCCUAUACCGAUUAUAUUUCAAACCAUGUGGAUCAGCUGUACGCGGCCGACUCUCCGAUCGGCUUUUCGCAUUGCCAACUUGAGAUUGGGCCAGCCACAGUCGAAUUCGACGAUGAGGCUAUUUCUCGCGCAUUCCUCAGCGCGUUGUCACCUUUGUAUGAACUUCUCUAUUCACGUCGCAUACAUUCAUUAUCUACCAAAACCCGGCCUAUUUUUGGCCAGAAGAAAUCCGAGAAAGGAGCAGCUAGACUUCAACUCUGGCGGCGAGCGGGAGAUUCGUUCCAGCUUGCGGCACGCUGGCAGGACGAUGUGCGAAAUAAGUGGCUGACGAUGGCGGUCCCAUCUGAUCUUGCUGACAAGUCUAGAGAUGGUACUCGCGUGAACUUUCCGCGAUUGCCUUAUUCUCGUGGAGUGACUCUUGAUAUGAUGAAUAUUAUGACUCGAGGUCCUAAGUCGACAAUUGUGGAGAGUCACGAGGGAUCUCUUGCAUUUAUUUUUGAAACUAGCGUAGGUAAGAUAAUCUUCCUUCCCGAUUGUUGA